CCCUGCACCACAUCUCCUCUGGCUUGAGACCGGGAGAGUGUCCGUCUCUUUCAGUCAACCAUUUCCUCCCUUCACUAAGGAGCCCUGUUUCAUCUCGAAUCAGGGACCUUAUCACAGCUUUGUUCAGCCGCCUUCCUCUGGGAGGAGCUGGAGGAAGCCAGCAGGGGGGUUUUGUCAAGAGGAUAACUCCCAAAAAAUCUACGAAACCCCAAAGAGUGGAGUUCAGCAACUUCAGCUCAGGAUUUCCCUCAGCUGUUUAGUUGAGCGAAGAUGAGGAGACAUCGGCUGUUGCCGCUGUGUGCCCUCCUGGGCGUCCUGUGUGCAGGACUCCUCCCCAACCUUGAGGCUCAGGAAGCUCAAGAAUCAGCUGACCUAGUACUCUUAAUUGAUGGAUCACAGAACAUUGGAGCAGCAAACUUCCCCUUUGUGCGUGAUUUGGCUUUGAGAAUCAUUGAGAGCCUUGAUGUGGGCAGGGACACUGUUCGAGUGUCCUUGGUUCUAUACAAUGGCAAUCCGCAGAUAAUUUUCAAUCUGAAUAGCUAUGACAGUAAAUCAUCAGUCCUGGAGGCGGUGAAGGGCCUUGCCUACUCAGGGGGUGACGAGUCUAACCUGGGGCUGGCCUUGGAGGAAGUGGCCAACAGCCUGUUAAGCCAAACAACUGGGGGCAGGGCAGAGGAGGGUGUGCCCCAGAUGUUAGUUGUUGUAAGUGCUGGGCCAUCCACUGAUGAUACUGUUGCUGGUGACCAAGCCCUUAAGGAGAAUAGUGUUAUCACAUUCGGCGUGACAAUUGGUGACACUGCCACUGCCGAUCUGGAAGCAGUUGCUACGGAUAAAAGUUUUGUCCUGUUGGCCCCUGAUGUCAGAGCAUUGGCGAGCAUUCGUGACCAGCUGCUCCAAUUCAUUAACGGAGUGGUCCAGCGCAACAUUAUAGUACAGACUGAGUUCACAGAAGGUAUGUAACUUCUCUGUACAACUUGGCGAAUCGAAAGAUCCGUUCAUAUUGAAUGUAGUGGGUAAGGUAAGAUAUGAUUCCCAAAUCCCAUCAGGCAUGCCCAUGACAGAGCUUACCAUGCAUUGUCGUUCAAACUUCUACCACUCAUGUAAAUUAUUCCAAUUGCUUGCACGUUACUUUAAUACUUUUUUUGGUACUCAGAAUUUGACAAAAAGUUAUAGCAAUAUUUGUUGGAACGUAAAAAAAUAAUCGAAAGUUCUUUCAAUACGCAGUCAAAAACAUUUUUUUUAAAGUGCUGAUAUUAGCUCACAUGUACAUGUAUAUGUAAUUAUAAAAUAUCAUUGGUGGGAUUUGGUAGU